CCCCCGUCAAGUACCAGUCCCCACCAUGGUCGCGUCGUCCCCACUUUCCGGCCGAGGGAAACAUUAUUCCAUCCCUGAUCCUAUAGUCUGGCAUUCCUGAGCGUGGAAUACGUAACCUCGAUAUUUAUGAAGCUGUGUAUCAUAACCUAUUGCGUUGCUUCUUGUUUGCGUUUUGAAUCGAAAAUAGAAUCUCUGAUCAUUCAUAUUCACGUGCCUGCUUAAAUUUUUUCAAACAUUGUGAGAGAGAAUACUAUUAAUUAUUUACAAUGGAUGAAUUUGGUGAACCCAUGGAUGUGGAAAUGGUCCCGGUUACGAAUGACACAAAGGAUAUUGAUUCCGGCCAAACUAUCACAAAAACAUUUAACUUUAACAACGUGCAAAUGCCAGAGGUACAGUUAGAAAGCCGUUAUGAAAAUCGUGGGGGUACGUUUACGACAGGUAUAGACAUAUUUAGUAAAGAGGAAAAGUUGAAGAUGGAAGAGAGAGCCAAACGUUUUGGGCUUACAGACAAGCUGAAAAAUAAUUUGUCCAAUCAAGAACAAGACUUAUACUCUAGUAUGGGCAUUGGAGAAGAUAAUGAAAUUACAAAAAAUAUUAGACUAAAUGUGAUACACAUGAGAGGGACAGAAGAAAUGAGUACUAAAGACGUCUUCAAAUAUUUUGAGGACUAUGCACCAGCCUCAAUUGAAUGGAUUAAUGAUAUUUCAUGCAAUGUUGUAUGGUUAGAAAAUGUAUCUGCAGCCAGAGCCAUGUUGGGAUUAUCAAAAAAAAUUGUGGGCUUAGAAAAGCAAAAAACUAUAAGAGAUAGUAACCCAGAUCAGGAAAACAAUAUAACUAACGAUGAUCCUACUAACGAAGUAACCGAUGAUAAUGAUACCACAAAAGACACAGAAGGAGAUUACAUAAGCAUCAAGGACAUUAACUGCCCUUUGCCUCCUGGUUUAUGGAGGAAGGGCAUUGAUUCUCCUAAAUCUAAAGCGAUAUUUCUCCGUUUCGCUACUAGAGCUGAUAAGAAGCAGCCAAAUGCAGAAAAGAUGAGCGAAUAUUAUAAGAAAUACGGGAAUCCCAAUUUUGGUGGUAUCAAAGGAUUAUUGACCGAAUCGCGGAAACGACUAUAUAAACAAAUUAAACAGAGCAAGAGAAAACUUAAAGAGGAGCCACAGGAUGAUGUUGAAGACCGAAAACGUAUAAAGAAUCCAUGGGGCGCGUUAUCAGAAAGUUGGGGCCUUAACGAUGCCAUGGAGAAUGAGUUUGCCAUUAAAACUGAAACAACGCGUAGCGUAAAAGAGAGGUUGGGCGUGAGGCAACCUCAGAAAGAAGUAAAGCAACAAGCUGAGGAACAGCAUGGUAACACGAGCGAUAGUGACAGCGAGGACGAAUGGCGCAAAAGGAAUAAAGUGUUACGAAUGCGAAUGCAUGCGGACGACGAAGAGGAAAAAAUACAUAAACGCCGAGCAAAGCUUCGGCAACAAACGGUAUUGAAUAAUUUAAAUAGAGGUAAUGAUUUACGAUCAAGACUUGGCAAGCCCAAGAAAGAAACGCAGUUUCACGAUGCAAUCCAAGUGGUUGUAACAAAUACGAACGUAGUAAAGUCAGAUACGUUUAAGCUUCACGAUUCAGAGGAAGAAGAUGGUGAAAUAGUAGAAAGUGAAGGGCAAGAAAAGGAAGAGGGUGAAUGGCAAAGAUCCGACGAAGAAGAAAAAGAAGAAGAGGAUGAAGACUACAGCGAUGUGGAUAGCGACAAACCGGCAAAAGAAGUGCAAGGUCCUAAGGGCAGUGUGAUAAAAGUGGUUCAACAUAAGCCUCGUGUCGCCUCCACUGUUUGGGCUAGACUGAACAAUGUAAAAAACGAAGAUAGCGAUAACUUUGUCAGAACCAGGCAACCAAAAAUACGAGAUUUGAGGAGCACGCUAAAAGGCGGUGACUUACGAUCUCGGAUUGGUAAUCACACUAGAGACCGUUCUCCUUUGAGGAUAGAAGUGAGUAACGACAAGUUCAUAGAGGGAAGUGAAACAGAAUAAUUUGUCAAUUAGUUGAACCAAUUGUCGUAAAUAUGUAAAACGUGAUUAUGAUGUUUUACCUUCAGCGGAAAAGCAUGGUGCAAACUUUAUAUCUGGUGUAUGAAAGGGAUAGAGAAUGCACUCAUUACUUUAAAUCUCUUGGUUAAGGGUUCAUUUAAUUUUUAUAAAUAACUUUAUAAUUGUUAUACAUUUUAUAAUUUGUAUAAAAUAGAUGUAUUGUGUAUAAUGGGAUCUUGAAAUUGUACAAAGUUGUAUUUGUAGAGCGAUUACGUUAUCAGAAAGGCGUAUAAUGGAUUUUCGUUAAUUUAUGAACGAUUCAGAAUAAUCUUGCACUGCCAAGUAAUUAAAGUGUCUGAAGUUUGGGAAUCAAACUUCUUUUUUUCCUCCAAGGAUUCCCACUGGGAAAACAAAACCUUUUGUAGGUACAGAAUCUUCCCAUAUUGUAUGGAUACAAUAAUAUUAUUUUAAUUUUUAUUUUUAUCAAUCAGUAGUAGACUAGUAAUGAGUGCUUCCGAAACUUUGGAUACUUACGGCGAGAGAAUGUAAUUUUUAAGUAUUCGUUUGUGGAAUUUAGAUUAAUAACUUGCCCAUUUCGUGAUAACAAAAAUUCGGAAAGAAGAAUAUUUUCGGAUACAUUAUAAAAAUAAAGAAAAAUAACUUUAUACUUAAUCCUACGAUAAAAAAUUCUGCAAACGAAUAUUUAACCCGAUCGUACAUCGAAAUGAUAUUGCAUACAUAGUUUUUCAAUCAUGACAGUUUGUACCACGAUUUCUUUCUAUUUAAACUACAAUGAUUAUAUAAGUAAAAAAAUAUGAAAAAUACUGGACACGGUUGUAAAUAAAAAUAAAAUUGUACAAUAUUAAUUACCGUGUACACGCAGAGCAUUUAAAAUAUAUUCUCCUUAACAUAUAUUGCGAAACAAACGUCUCGAGGUCUGUGAUUUUUAAAAGUAUAUGCACGGGAUAGCAAGAAAAAAACGGAAAUUUUGAUUGCAUUUCUUUGAUUCUAAUGUAACGACUUAAAUUUGUACAUGUAAUAUCUUUCGCAGAAACAGAAUGACUGAAAGAAAAAAAUUAACUACACGAUAUCCUCUUAGUCGAGAAUAAAAAUGGAUAAGAUGAGAAUUGUAACGUCGAUUCCGGAUAAUUGACCAAUAAAACCAUUUUUAUAUUAGCACAAUAAUAUUUCGAAUAGUCAUUUUAAAAUACAAUAAUUGAUAAUUGAUUUCGUUAAAUACAUACGAUAUACAUAUUUAUCAUUUGCUCGAUUAACAGUUAUUCGGAGAAAUAUAUUCGGCUGAAGUAAAAAAGAAAAACAGGAAAAAACAAAGAAAGAGAUUUAUCGUUUCCAAGAACGUGGUGAAUUAUCGGAAUAUUCUUAUAGCUGCAUUCAUAGGUUUCUACAAACGUUAUUUCAAUGAUCUAUGCAGUUUCACAUUUUUUACUUAUUUAUUAUAUUGAACAAAAAUUUAAUAAACAGUAAAAAAAGAAAAUAUAUGAAGAUUUAAAAUUGUCAAUUAAUUAUUGUAGAAUAUUAACAAAGCAUAUUGUGAACGUUGAGAUGAUGGAUUCUAUGAAUGCAGCCGGAGGCACGAGGUAAAUUUAAUGCAUUAGCAAACGAGAUCUGUUAUUUUUGAUAACAUUUCGC